AUGGGAGCGGACGUGGGCGAGGCCUCGGGCCACAGCCCGAGCGAGUUCUCCAUCGUCCACGACAGCAUCCGACGGGACCGCGAGGCGCUCUUCGAGGGCACGCGUCGGUUCAUACCGAGUAUAGAGGCGGACAGCGACGACGACGACUCGAGCGACGGCGAGCUGCCCAUCUUCUUCACCUCGACCGAGCCCGGGGCCCCGUCGUCCUCCUCCGCUCGCCAUGGCGCCGACUCGACCUCCUCCGGCGCGACGCACACCGCGCGCGCCGCUCCCGUCCAUCGCGACGAGAGCGACGAGCUCGCGGCGUUCGAGCGCGCGGCGUCGGAGGCGCUGCGCCGCGAGGAGGAACGAUCCGCGCGCAUCGUCGCCGCGCACUUGGCGCCGGACGAACACCACCGACCCGACGACGACGACGACCCGUUCGACGACUCAGACUCAGACUCGGACUCGGACGCGGCUCGCGGCUCCGUCCGAGCGAGACCGCGCCGCGCCCCGCGCCCCGCGACCGCGCGCCGCGCCCCGCCGCCGCCGCCCCCGACGAACGUCGCGGACGCCAUGAGCUCCCUCUUCGACGGGUGGCUCUCCGGCGCGGCGGGUCGACUGGCGAGCGGCGUUCGAUCGACGACGGAGGGGCGAUUCGAUACAGCCGCGGGUGACCCGUCGUCGUCGUCGUCGUCGUCGUUCGAUACCGUCCGCGUGGAGCGCGAGUUCGCGUCGCGCGCCACGCUCGACGCGGACGGCAACCUGCCCGGCGCCGUUCGCGCCGGCAUGCCGCGGCCAUCGGUGCGCUUGAACCUGGACGGGUCCCUCGGCUCAGUGGAUCUCGACGCGUUACUCGCGAGGCUCGCGACGCCGGAGGGGCUGGCGGAGCUGGAGUUGGGACGCGCGCGCGGGGACGGGGACGAAAAGUCGGCACCCGGGGACGGGGACGGGGACGCGGUGCGCGCCGACGACGUGGCGUUCGGCCUGGUCGACGACGACGAGGCGGUUCCGGGGUUGGUACCUGCGGCGGCGACGGCGGCGGCGAGGGCGGAGGCGGCUUCGUCGUCUGCGCGAACGACGGCGACGUCGCACUCGACCGCGUCGUCGUCGCUCGUGGGCGGACGGGGAGGAGGGUGGGGAGGAGGCGCGGGGCGGUACGAGUCCGACGAGGGGUGGGCGAGGGAGCACGCCCGGGGCCGAGGUCGGGGGUCGAGGCCGCGGUCGGCGUUCGUCGUCGCUCCCUCGUCGGCGCGGGUCACCCGCCCGAGCGUCGGCGGCGCGGGCGCUCCCAGGGAACGGACGCCCGCGACGGACCCGUACGGCCGUGGUAACACGAGGCUUCGCAGCGCCAGGCGGUCCAACGCGCCGGCUCCGGUGACGUCGCUCGGCGGCCCGGGUCCUCGAGCCGGGGCAAACGACGACGACGGCGAAUCACCGUCCGGCCUGGCGUCGACGCCGAACGGCUUCGUCCCGCGGGGAACGCGAAUCGACCCCGCGGCGGCGAUUCGAAUCGACGCGCGGGGCACCGCGGACCCGGCGGACGACGAGACGGACGGCGGGGUGGACGAGGAGAUGGAGGAAUGGCGUCGGUUCCGCCAAACCCGCGCGAGGCCGGAAUCGGCCCCGGCUUCGCGGCGGAGGACGACCGUCACGCCGACCGUCACGCCGGCGUCGCCCGGCGCCGUCGCCGCGGACGAAGCCGCCACCGCGGCCAUGUCAGCGGCGGCAUCCGCGAAGGCUGCGGCGACGAGGGCCAACGCGCAGGCGGACGCGAGGGAGUCGCGGCGAGUCUUCGAUUCGUCAACCCCUCCCCGAGGGCCCGACUUUUCGUCAGACGGGGAAGCGGCGGCGGCGGGUGCGGGACGGGGGUUCGGACCGGGACGUGGAUGCGGUGGAGCCGGUUCCACGCGAGAGGACCUGGAGACGGAGGCGGAAAGGGAGGCGGGAAGGGAGGCGGACCGGGCGUCGCUCGAAGCCGCCGCCGAGUCGGCUCGGUCGGAGGCCGCUGCGAGUUUUCGCCGUGGCGACUACGCCGCCGCCAUCGACGCGUACACCCGCGCGCUCGAGGCGUCGCCGGACGACGCGACGACGCUCACCAACAGGUCCGCCGCGCACCUCAGGCGCGGGAACGUCGCCGCCGCCGAGGCGGACGCGACAGCCGCGCUCGCGAUUGACCCGGAUAGGAUCGAAGCGCUUAAGAGGCGCGCGGACGCGAGGACCGCGGCGGGCGACCUUCGCGGCGCGCUCGCGGACCUCGAGGCGUCGCACGCGCGAGUGCCGACGGACGAGAGGGUGACGGCGUUAUUGGCGGACGCGCGGCGGAGCGUGGCGCACGCGGAUGGCGCGACGGCGGCGGAGAUGGACCGGCACGACGAGGAGAGGGCGGCGGCGGCGGCGGCGAGGGCCGAGGCGUGGGAGGCGAAGCGGGCGGCGGGUUUGCGGGCGCACGGGCUGCGCGCGGCGUCCGCGCGCGCGUCGAGGAGGGCGUCCGAGACGGGGAAGAGGUGA